AUGUUUAGACUCUGUCACCACCAAAAACUCAGGACACCCGCCAGAAGGUUGGUUUCCACCAGAAAGAUGUCUACUACCACCAUAAUCAACCCCAAAGAACCUUACAAGUACCAAGAGUUACCGAACAAGGUCAAAGUGGUCACCAACCCUUUGCCAGGCCAUUUCUCGGCUCUUGGAGUGUACGUUAAUGCUGGCUCACGAUUCGAAGAUGGGGGGAAAUUACAAGGAGUCAGUCAUUUGGUCGAUAAACUCGCUUAUAAUUCGACAGCCCACCUUUCCGGAGUGGAAAUGUUACAAAGUCUCGAACGGUUAGGAGGGAACUACAUGUGCUCAUCAUCGAGAGAAUCCAUAAUGUAUCAAGCGUCGGUGUUCAACGACGAUGUGGAGAAAAUGGUGCGUUUACUCAGUGAAACUGUGGUUCACCCACAAUUGACUGAGCAAGAGAUUGACGAACAGAAAAACUUUGCCAGUUAUGAGAUCGAUGAGAUUUGGAAGAAACCAGAAUUGAUCUUACCGGAACUCUUCCACAUGGUGGCCUACAGUGGCGAGAACCUUGGGUCGCCGUUAUUGUGCCUGAUGGACCGAUUACCAUAUAUCACCAAGCCAUUGAUUGAUGAAUACCGUAACCGAUUCUUUAAUCCCGAAAACAUCACCGUAUCAAUGAUCGGGGUUCCUGAGACCACCGCGGUGGAAUUGGCCAACAAGUAUUUUGGUGAUUGGCAAUCGUCUUCAUCAUCUGCUGAUGCUGCCUCUCCUAUGAAGUUCCCACCGGCAAAAUACACCGGGGGAGAAUAUACUUUGCCACAUCCUGCCAACCCUGAUGGUCUGAUGCCGGAGUUCUCGUAUAUCCACCUUGGGUUCGAAGGGCUCAGUGUUUCUGAUCCUGAUAUUUAUGCUUUAGCAUUAUUGCAAACCCUUUUAGGGGGCGGGGGGUCAUUUAGUGCUGGGGGACCAGGAAAAGGAAUGUACGCGAAACUUUACACCGAAGUCCUCAACAAAUAUGGGUUCAUCGAGAACUGCGUGGCGUUCAACUCUUCAUAUUACGAUUCUGGGUUAUUUGGAAUCAGCGCGGCGUGUAUUCCUAACGCUGCCCCAUAUUUGGUGGAAAUCAUGUGCCAGCAGCUAGCGUUGACGUUCCAAGGCACUUCGGGAGGUGGGAGAAUUCGUGGUGGUAGAUCAUCGUCAUCAUCUAGGGGGAUCACCGAGACCGAAUUGGCAAGAUCGAAAAAUCAAUUGAAGUCGUCAUUAUUGAUGAAUUUGGAGAGUAAGAUGGUGGAAUUGGAGGAUUUGGGGAGACAGAUCCAGGUCCACGGGUACAAGAUCCCAUUAUUUGAAAUGAUCGAGAAGAUUGAACAAGUGACGUUGGCGGAUAUCCGAAGAGUGGCCCAACGGGUGUUGACCGGGAAUGCCAGUGAGUCAGGGUCAGGAAAGCCUACGGUGGUGAUUCAAGGUAAUAGAGAUCAAUUUGGAGAUAUCGAGAGUGUAUUAAAGAAUUAUGGUUUGGGGAAGUUUGACCAAGUGCCGGAGGAGAAUUCUAAGAAAGGUUGGUGGUGA